AUGAAUGCUGAUCGCAACGAAACAGUAUCCAAAAUGAGCUUAUGCGGGGUAUUCAAUGGUAGCGAUGAAGGGAUGACCACAUUCGAGCAGUUGUUCUAUAUCGGUAGUGGUGUGACAGGGUUCGUCUUCAAUACAGUCGUUAUGCUCAUUGCUGUAUUGCAUAUCGAUACAAAUGACAAACCACGUCAGAUAAUAGUGAUCAACAUGACGGUCGCAGAUCUGUUGACGUGUCUUGUCUAUAUGCUGACACGUCCAUUUCUUGAGCAUCUACCAGUAUUGUUUUGCUAUCCCUACUAUGUGACAAUAUGUACUGUUCAGUUGUGCAGUUGUUUCAAUCUACUUUGGCUAAAUGUGGAUAAGUUUAUAUUUGUGCAAUUCCCAUUGCAAUACUACAUCAUUGUGAAUCGCUUCCGCAUUUUGAUCGUUUCAAUAUUAACUUGGACAGCUAUUAUUAGUCUUGUUAUGUUUGCUUAUCACUUCAUGUCGUAUCGUUCUAAUCCGGUUAGCGUUCUCCCACGUAAAUCAAUAAUGAAUUUCAUCAUCUUAUCUUCUUUAAUUAAUCACCACAAUGAAUUUCAGCCACGUUGUGAUUUGGUCGCUCUGCCACCUUUUAUUUAUACACCUAUUUGCGUAAUGUAUAUAUCGCUAAUUAUUGGCUGCUUUACGAUCUCAGUGAUUAUUUUUUUGAUCGCGCAAGGCUCGAAUCGGAUAGAAAACAAAGCUCGAUCGAAGCUUUUUCAACGACUUUUCUUCUUAUUCUGUAGCACACUCUGGACAUUCUUCACCUGUUUGCCCUAUCGAUUGCUCUAUUUGACAACAAUUAUUGAAUCGCAUUUGACCAUUCACUAUUGUCCGUCGCACGCUAUGAUGACCACAACUGAUUUCUUCUUUCGUGUUCUCGUUCUUGGAACGGUGAUCAAUCCGGUAAUAACAAUUGUCACUCAACGUGUCUAUCGUGAACGACUGCUGUGGUAUAUGAAGCGAAUCAGAUUCACAGUGUGCCAUUCGAAUGAUGAUCCGGAUGCAACGAAUAGACUUCAUAAGUUCACGUCGUCAAUGUUGAAAGAUGAACGUCUAUGUGAAUUGCAUCCCGAAUAUGGACAGAAAGAGAAAGCUGCGGACGAAAGCAGAAAUGGAAAGCAGUUGUUGUGA